AUGCGCCAAAAGACUAUAGAAGAGCAAUAUAAGAAGAUGACUCAUAUUGAGCACAUUCUUCAGAGGCCAGAUACAUAUAUUGGCAGUUUAUAAAGAACUUCUGAACAAAUGUGGAUAAUACAAAAUGGAAAAAUGAUUUAAAAAGAAAUUGAAUAUGUGCCCGGGUUUUUUAAAAUAUUCGAUGAAAUUUUGGUGAAUGCAGCUGAUAAUCUACAAAGAGAUACUCGAUAACACAAAUAGUCCUAUAUUAAGGUAGACAUAGGAAAUGAAAUUUCAAUUAAAAAUGAUGGAUUUCCCAUCCCAGUUGAAAUCCAUAAAGAAUAGCAAAUCUAUGUGCCAGAACUAAUUUUCGGAGUGUUUCUGACUGGAAGCAAUUUCGACGAUACUGAAAAAAGAGUGGUAGGAGGGAGGAAUGGAUAUGGAGCAAAAUUGACAAAUGUAUAUUCUACAGAGUUCACUCUUGAAGUGUGUGAUGGUAAUAAUUACUUUAAGUUGGUUUGGAGCAAUAAUAUGAGUAACAAACAGAUUCCUACCAUUAAAUAAUUAAAAAAAGAUCCUUAUGUGAGUAUUACCUAUAAGCCAGAUUAUAAGAGGUUUGGGAUGAAAGAGAUAGAAACAGAUACUCAAGCUUUGUUAACUAGAAGAGUCUAUGAUUUAGCUGGAAUCUAUGGAAAUAGAAUUAAUGUGUAUUUGAAUGAUGAAAAAAUUAAAAUCAAUUCCUUUCAAAAAUAUGUAGAUUUAUAUUUACCAACUGAAGGAGCAAUUAAAAUAUUCGAUAAAGAUAUGACUACUCCUAGGUGGGAAGUGGUUGUAAGUUAUUCACCAACAUAAUUUUAACAUGUUUCAUUUGUUAAUGCCAUUAAUACUGCAAAAGGAGGAACUCAUGUUAAUUAUGUGACAGAUAAAAUUAUACAAGAAAUUUAAAAUGAAAUGAAUAAUAAUAAAAAGUACAAGUCAAUAGAAGUUUAAAAAUAUCAAAUUAAAUAAUCAUUAUGGGUAUUUAUUAAUUGUUUGAUUGAUAAUCCAACAUUUGAUUCAUAAACAAAAGAGAAUAUGACAACUAAGGUUUCAGAGUUUGGAGGUUCGAGUGAAGAGAAAUUUAAGGUGACUGAGAAAUUCUCAAAAGCUUUGAUAAAGACAGAUAUUAUUGAAACUAUAUUUUAGUAAGCCAAAGCAAAAGCAGAUGCCAAAUUGAAUAAGUAAUUGAAAGGUACAAAAACUGGCAGAUUACAUGGAAUUGAAAAACUGGAUGAUGCUAAUGAUGCAGGAAAAAAGAACUCAGAACUUUGCACCCUUAUAUUAACAGAAGGAGAUUCAGCAAAAGCAUUGGCUAUGGCAGGCAUUGAUAUUGUAGGAAGAGAUCGGUAUGGUGUAUUUCCAUUAAAGGGUAAGCUUUUAAAUGUAAGAGAGGCAUCAUUAAAAUAAAUUCUACAAAAUGAAGAAAUUGAAAAUUUGAUAAAAAUAAUAGGAUUGUAGAAGGAAAGACAAUAUACGGAUUUAAAAUCACUUAGAUAUGGAUCGGUAAUGAUUAUGACAGAUCAGGAUAUUGAUGGAUCACAUAUCAAGGGUUUGAUUAUCAACUUUAUUCAUCAUUUUUGGCCCUCAUUGGUGAAGUAUAGCGGGUUUUUGAAAGAGUUUGUAACACCUCUAAUAAAGGCAACGAAGGGAAAUUAAACAAUACCAUUCUUCACAGUCUAAGAUUUUAACAAAUUCGCACAAGAAGAGGAUAUUAAGAGUUGGAAGAUUAAAUAUUACAAAGGGUUAGGUACAUCUGAUGAUCAAGAGGCUUAGGAGUAUUUUAAAAAUUUGAGAACCCAUACAAUAUAGUUUAGAUAUGAUGGAGAUGAAGAUGAUAAUUCAAUUGAUUUGUGUUUUAAUAAGAAAAAGGCAAAUGAUAGAAAACAAUGGUUAGCCCAAUAUAAUCAUGAUUUGUAUGUGGAUCAUACAAAAAGCGAAUUAGGCUAUUCAGAAUUCAUACACAAAGAGUUGAUUCACUUUUCUAUGGCUGAUAAUAUCAGAUCUAUUCCAUCCCUCAUGGAUGGCUUAAAGCCAGGAUAGAGAAAAGUAUUAUUCGCCUGUUUUAAGAGAAAUUUGAAAUAAGAAAUAAAGGUGGUUUAAUUGGGAGGUUACAUAGCUGAACACUCCGCUUAUCAUCAUGGAGACUUAUCGUUGGUUUCUACAAUUAUAGGGAUGGCUUAGAAUUUUGUCGGUUCCAAUAACAUCAAUUUAUUAUUACCUAAAGGUUAGUUUGGUAGCAGAGCUAUGGGUGGCAAGGAUCAUGCAUCUGCAAGAUAUAUUUCUACAGCUCUUAAUAAGAUUACGAGGUAUGUCUUCCCUGAAUAGGAUGAUCAUUUAUUAAAGUAUCUGGAAGACGAUGGGUAGAUGGUUGAACCAGAAUAUUAUGUGCCUAUCAUCCCUAUGAGUUUAGUGAAUGGAGCUGAAGGUAUUGGUACGGGUUGGUCUACAUCAAUCUAAAAUUAUAAUCCAAUUGAAUUAGUCCAAUAAAUUAAAAAUAGAUUGGAUGGACAAUAAUUUCUGUCGAUGACUCCUUUUUAUAGAAAUUUUGAUGGUAUAAUUGAAAAUUUGCCAAAUGGCAAUGGAAUCAUCAAAGGCAUAAUUGAUUGCAAUGAAGCCACAGAUAUUGUCACUAUUAGAGAAUUGCCGAUUAAAAAGUGGACAAGAAAUUACAAGGAAUGGUUAGAUAAAGAAAUGGCUGAGGAAGGAAGUUAAAUUGUAGAUUUGAGAGAAUAUCAUACUAAGUACAAAAUUCAUUUUGAAAUAUAAAUGGCAGAUGGGUUUGUAUAGAGUUUGAAAAAUCCCUUAGAAUACUUUAAACUGAGUACACCAGCCUCUUGUAGUAAUAUGGUGUUAUUUGAUUCAAAUAAUAAAAUAAAAAAAUAUGAAUGUGUUUCAGAUAUAAUGGAAGAAUUCUAUUAAGUGAGACUAUAGUUUUAUCAUAAACGAAAGGAUUAUCUUAUAUCAAAGUUGGAUAGAGAAGUAUAGUUAUUAGAUAAUAAACUAAAAUUCAUUAAGAUGGUGAUUAGUGAAGAGAUUAAACUAAGAAACGUUAAGAAAAUUGAUUUAGUGAAGCAACUCGACAAGAAUGGAUUUACUCGUUUCUCAUAAUUGAUUUAAGUAAAAUCUACAAAAGUAAAGGCAUUUGGAGAUUCUUAAAAAUAAUAGAAAAAUGUUGAUGACGAUGAAAGUGAAGAUUAAGAAGUAUCAGGAGAUGAGGGAAAGCAAUAAAAAAAAUAAAUUUCAAAAAAAUUAUAAUCAACGCCAUCAAUCGAUAUAAGUGAAUUUAAUUAUUUAUUAUCGAUGCCAUUAUUCUCACUUACUUAUGAAAAAGUAGAGAAAUUGCAAGAAGAAUUAAAUUAAAGAGUUUAAAGCAGAGAUGCCUUAGUUAAUAAAGAGGUAUCACUCAUGUGGAGAGAAGAUUUAGAUAAGUUUGUAGAGGCUUAUGAAGAAAUGAAUGAAAUAGAGUUGCGUUUAAUUAAUUAAUAAGAAAAGAUGCCAGGAAAAUAAAUGAAAAAACCUAAAAAGAAAAAUGAUAAAUAAGAUUAAAAAAUAGUUGAGGAGAAAGUACAAAAGUCAAAACCUAUUAAGAGUAAAGAUCCAGUUGAAGAUAUACUAUCUAAAUAUAAAAAAUAAGAUGAGAAAUAAAGCGAAUUGAAUUCUAAACAAAUUGAAUUCAAUGCUAAGUCAUAAAACUAAAAGCUAUAGGAAUCAAAAUAAUAAGUUGAUAAUUCCAAGUAGGUUUCUUAAUCAAUUUAGGGUAGAAGGAUAAGAAAGUUAAAGGUGGAAAGCAGCUCUGAAGAUGAUUGA